UAUAUUAAAAAAAAAUAGAAUUUGGAUUGAUGAUCUUUCUCUGUGUGUAAAUUUUUAAUUCAAACCGCGUCAGUAUUGUUCUGUAGGUUAUACAACUGUUUAUAUAUAUUUUUUAAAAAUCGUUAGUUUAUUCGUCCCGGUUAGAUGGUUAAUUCCAAAACUCCUUUCAUAUACGCUAGCAAUAUGUAAUUUUAACCCAUUCGGUUUGGCCCGUAAAUUCAAGUACGUAUUGAAAAAUCUUUCGCCUAUAAGUAUUAGAUUUAGUAUUAUUGAUUUUGGACUAAUGACCAUUUUGUGUAUGUAAAUUUGGAUUUAACCUGCAUCAAUAUUAUAUAUAGAUCAUAUACAUUAAUUAUAUAGUUUUUUUUAUAUCGUUAGUAGUUAACAACUUAUUCGUCUAGCACGGGAGGAUUAAACCAAAACUCAUUUAAUAUAACACUAGCAAUAUCUAAUCUUAACCAAUAAACUAAAGGGUCGAUUUGGUUUAGCCCGUAGAUUUUAGUCUGCAAUGAAAAAUAUUUUACAAGGUUUAUCAAGUCAAAUAUGCGCUAGUGCAUGAAAUUGUCUAAACUCUCUGGUCUUCUAACUACAGUACACUUGUAGUGUUUUGGUAUUUCCACGAAUAUUGGUAUACUUUAUGGCCAUGUUCGAUCUUGGGUAUAAAGAAGAGAGUGGAUAGACAUUGAAAGGAUUAUUUUUCACAUGUUGCCCCGAUAAUUAAUACAUAAAAUAGGAAAGGAUUAACAAAAUCAAUCACCCAUUAUCCCUAUUGGAGCAGUCCAUGAUAUAUAUACUAUUCUGAUUAUGACCUUUUUGGAUAAUUUCUACUUAAUUAUUAUGUCCUUUCGAAUAUCCGAUUUGGACCUUUCGAAUAAUCUAUGCACUAACAGUUAUAAAUGUGAGUUUUUUCUUCCAAAUUUUAUUUAAACAAUUGUGACAUGUCAUAGACCUUGCAGUCAACGUUCAUAUUCAACAAAUGUUCAUAUUCGGGGAUGUGAUGGCGAACUCGAUUUAAACUGCGAACACGAAUUAAAAUGGAAAAUAAUAUCAUACAUAAAGACGUCGACCGGAAGCAAAUUAGAUGAUGUCUAUGUCAGUGCCAUGUUAAUAUGUUAUAUAGAACGAAAGAAGUAUUGAUGGAUUAUAUAUGAAGGUGACAUUGAUCAAUAUUUAAAUGAAAAUAGAGAGAAAGUAUUUAUUUAUAUGAUUCAAGCUCGAGACCAUGACAUAUAUUCUACUUAUUGUAGUAGUUCAGUCUCGGAAGAUUUACUCUGACUCGUUAACUAGUUCAAGUAAUCUUUUUAUUUGCUAAUUUUGGAGAAAAAAAGGAAAAGAUGCCUAAGUAAGACUACUAGACUCGUCUUUGGGGCAUCAGAUUCUUCUCUUCUUACUACAAAAGAGUCAAUGGAAAAGGUUUUGAGCUUCACCAACCUUUCAACACACACACACACAUAUAUCUACUAAUAAUAGCAAUUCCAAUUAAUUCAAAAGGUUGUGAAUCCACUUAUGUUGAAAGUUUGUGUUUUUUGAAAAAAAAGUGUAAAGGGUUGUGUCUUUUACAAAAAAAGUUAGAAGGUUGUGUCUUUUAUAACCAAUUGAUUCCAAAGGUUGUGAAUACAUUUAUGUUGAAAGGUUGUGUCUUUUGUAAAAAUGUUUAAAAAGUUGUGUCUUUUACAAAAAAGUUAGAAGGUUGUGUCUUUUAUAAAAACUGAUUGAAAUGUUGUGUCUUUUGCAAAAAAUGUUUAAAAGAUUGUGUCUCUUACAAAAAUGUUGGAAGGUUGUGUCUUUUAAAAAUCUAUAAAUAGUCUCUGUCAUGUAUUUCUCAAAAUAUAAUUUUCACUAAUCAACUAAUAAUAAAUUGAUGGAAAAAAAGUUCUAAACAGUUAUAUGGAUACAAAAUUUUAGAUGACAUUCAAAUGAAUCGUUAUAAGCAAAAAAUAUUAGGAAGAUUUUUAAGUGUUUGGAUAGCUUAAAAUCCAAAACGAAAUUAAGAAAUCAUUAGUCUCAAUUUUCUUAUAUUAAAUGAAAAGGUUUGUCCUUCACACAUACAAAUUUGUUUAUAUAUGUUCAUGUUAUUGCCGUGUUCUUCUUGAUAUUGUUGCUAUUGUAAAACAAACCAACUAGCACGUAAAUAAUAAGAUCACAUUUUAGUUUAUAUAUGAACUAGUAUUAUGGCCCCUGCUAUGCUUUUGGUUGUGGUAGAGAGUCACAAUACAAACCAGAAUGUAAUAAUUAAUAGUUAUGGGAAUCGAAAACUUACCGCUCACUGAAUUGUUAAAAGAAGCCGCUGUGAACCCGAGUGUCUAGAUGCUAUUUCGUCUUCUUUACAAUUCAGCAUUCGUUGGUGAUUGGUCUUCACCGAAUAUUUUGUUUGUAUAUAAAUUUCAUGACAACUCGUAAACGUGAGAUUGAUUUUUAUCUGGCCAAAAAUACAAAUUGAAAGUGAUAGAAAGUAAACAAAUCGAAACAAUAUUAUUGAUUAAUAAGAUGAAACAAAGGUAUUUGAUAUAAGUUUUGUCAAAAAAGAUAUAUGAUAUAAGUAUGUAAGAAAUUACGUGAAACCAAUCAUCUAUUCUCAUGUUCCUCUCGUUGCCAUGCUCCAUGUGGUGCCAACCAUGCAUAAGAAACAAUUCUCAUCACAACUCCAGAAUCAUAGAUGGAAUAAAAGUGGAAAUUAACUCACCUGUCGUUUACCAAAAAAAGAACUAUUGUGUUUUCAAGGGAGAAUGUGUGUUGUUUUUGAUUCACUUCCAUAGUUUCAAGUUUUGCGAUAGAUGAAUUAGUUUUUCGGUGGUUGGUUCUCAAAUGUUAUGGAAUUUCUGUGAUUGUAGAACCAAGAAAGUAAUAUAAAAAGAUCGUGGUGUGAUAGUGGAUGUGUAACCGCCUAUCGGUUUCUUUGUUAUUAUGAUUUUUCUCUUUGAAAAUAGUUUACGUAAACUAUUUUAUUGUUUUUUUUGGUUGCAGAAUGAAACAUCAUUCUAUAAAAAUAAUAAAACAAUAAAUAAAGAAUUCUAAAAAACAAUAGAUGCAUCUUUUUAUGAUUCAGUUAAAAACAGUUAUUAUUAUUUUCCAUUAAUAAAAAUAAUAAAACUUCCUAAUGAUUCUAUUAAAUGAUCAAAUAUUAAUUUUUUGAAAAAAUAAAGCUUUAAGCAUAUAAGUAAGUCUAAUUAUAAAUUAUAUUGGCAUACUUUAACUUUCGAAAGGUGUAAACAUGAUUAAAAAGUUUAUAUAUUGUUGCAUUCAUUUGUGAUAAGGCGCAACUGUUGGUCUCACACAUUGCUCGGUAAAUUUUUUUUAAAGUAAUUGAUAUUGGUGUACUCUCUCUAUAUCUUAAAUGUAAACUUUGUAACCGCCAUAAGAGUAAAACACAUUCGUAUUUCAGUUAUUAAAAAGUAUGUGCAAAACAUUAUUUUUUUAUCAUUUAAAUUAUUUUUAAUUAUAUUAAUUUGUAAUAAAAUUAAAUAAAAGUAUCAUCCCUAAGAACUAAUUCAUUUAUAAAUAUGAAAAUUGUUACUAUUUUUAUCUAUUUUCAAAAUAUAAUAUUUAUUGUAACUAAAGGUAUAACUUAAUAAUUUGAGGGUAGAAUUGUUAACAUAAUCCAGAUGAAUAUCCAGCUUGCACAAUAUUUAAUAUUUAUGUUACUAUAUUAGCUUUAAGAAUAAGAGUAGAAUGUGAAAGAUCGAUGGUGGCAUACUAAAACUAAUAUACAUAUGAUUAUUUUUAUAUUAAACAUACUUUAUGGUUUAGUGACAUUUUUCCAGUGUUGUUAUUCUUUGCUAUUUUAAUAAAAAAUAUUUAUUUAUUAACUCCAAUUGCAUUGUGUGUAACAUUUUUAUUCUAAGAUAUGUUGGCAGUAUGGAUUACGAAUCUAUGUAUCUUGAUAAACUAAAAUUAAUGGAACACGUUAAAAUGUAGUGUUAGAAAAAUAAAACAUUUGUUCUUAUAUAUACAAACAGUUUCUAAUAUAUAAUAGGAAAUCAACCAAAUGUUAAGAGAUGUGUCUUUUCAUUUUAAAAUUUUAUUAGUUUUAAGAAGAAAAUAUUUAAGGAUGCAACUUUUCAAAUAUUUUUAUGAUAUGUAUUUCCAUCUUAAAAAUACAUCUUUUCAUAAUGAGAUGUUUUGGUGAUAUAUUGAAGCAUUGUAACCAUUGGUGAUUAUGACUUUUGGUGAUGAAUUAUUAUAAUUAUUAAUGUCAUUUAAUAAUAAGAAUUCAACAAAUGUUAAGAAAUAUUUUUUUUCGUUUUAAAAUUUUAUUUGUUUAAAAAAAAGUAUCUAAGGAUGCUACUUUUCAAAUAUUUUUAUGAUGUACAUUUCCAUCUUAAAAAUACAUACUUUCAUAAAAAAAUGUUUUGGUGAUACUCUGAAGCAUUGUAAAUUUGUAACUAUUGGUGACUACAAUUUUUGGUGACGAAUCGUUGUAAGUAUUUAUGAUUAUACUUUUUGGCAAUGACUCACUACUUUUUUGGUGUGAACCAUUGUAACCACUGCAAAAUUUAAUUGUCAAUCCGUGCAACUUUUAUCUUUUAUAUAAAGACUUGUAUAUAACAAUAAAUCACAACCACCAGAAUAACCAAAAAUAAAUCACAAAAUCACAAAUAAAACAAGAAAUAGAGAGAUUUUUGUUUAAAAAUCAACAAAAAUCUUGGUAAACAUAUACAUGAGAAAGUUUCAUUGGUAUUUGAGAAAUUGUCAAAAUAUUUAAGGAUGUACCUUUCCAUUCUAUAAUUUGCAUAUUUUUUAACAAAUUAUCUUUUCAUUCAUUUUUAUAUUUAUUGUACAUACCUUUUUAAAAAAUUAUAGAAAUUAACUAUUGAUAUCAUGGUAAUCUUAUUUGUUGGGUGAUUUAAAUUUGUAUAAUAUUAUAUAUAUAUAUAUAUAUAUAUAUAUAUAUAUAUAUAUAUAUAUAUAUAUAUAUAUAUAUAUAUAUAUAUAUGUAUGUAUGUAUAUAUAUAUAUGUAUAUAUGAAAUUAAGCAUAUUAAUAAUUUUAUCUUUUGGAUUUACAUUGUUUCUCUUCGGCCGGUUAUCCAAACUUUCAUUUAAACACAAAACAACUUAUGCAAACAAUUUUUUUAUUCAUUGCGUUUACUUAUUACCAAGUGGUAAUCUAAGUAAACAUAAGAGCGACAUCUAUAUAUCUUCGAGCACUGAUUUUUACCAAUCAUUAUAUAUUGAUUAAGCAUAAUAGGUAUGAUAAAAAAUGGAAAAAAUUGCUUUUAGACGAUUUUUAAAGAUCUUUGAAGAAAUACAUAAACAUAGAGAGCUCUAUUUGUUAUUCUUGUAUCUUAAUUUAAAUUUAAAAUUUUUGAUCGAGAAACCAAUAUACUUUUAGAGAAUUUAUAUCUCAAUACCACUAUAUCCUAAAUACUAUUUAAAGAUCCAAUAAAAGCCAUUAAUAAUUUUUAGGUAAAUCUAUAAUUCAUGAAUUUAGUUGAUUUUAUUUAAUUAUUGUGUUAAUGUAAUAAAUGUUGGUGUUUUAUAAAAAUACUCAAAAUUAAAGUAAUAUUAUAAAUUAAAAGAUCAUAUCAACAUAAGUUAACAUAUAUUUAUUAUGAUAUCUAAUAUAACAUGUUUUUUUAUAAGAUGAGCUCCCGUGCGAUAUCGCACGGGUUAUUUUCCUAGUAUAAACAAAAAGAAAACGUUUAUAUAUAUACAUUUUCGUUUCUUUUAUUAAUAAUCAUAUUGCUUUUUUUUAAAUGACCAUAUGUUUUCGUGUGUUCCUCUUAAUAGAUUCUGAUUCUUUGUUUUCUAUCUUUUUCUUUUGGAUGAAGCUCGCAUGCCCAUAAAGAUAGCGUAAAGCUAGUUUUGAGGAUAUCAAAAGAAAUGAUUUCAAUUGUAAUCCUGUUUGUAUGCAUCAGCUAAAAUGAAUUUUUCUUUGUGUAUACAUACAUAUUUGAAAAUAAUUAGUUUUAAUAAAAAUUACUUCAGAAUCAAACUAGGCAUCGAAAGAUCACGAAACUUAAUUUUUUGAUUAUUUCCACAUAGCAUUUGGAUCAACCUUACUUUUAAUUUCACGAUUCCUCAAAUGUGGCGCAUCUAUUAGAUAAAAACUAUCACAUAUUAUAGCUUAUUCCAUUUUAAUUUGUUUUUCCUUGGACGGAUCCAACUCUUGCCCCACCACUGGUGCUUAUUACUUUUAAACCUUGAAAUCCGAGUGUUUGUUUUGACCAAAAAGACAUCUCCAUAUCUACUUUUGGUCUUAUUAUGAAAAAAUAUAGUUGUAAUCUCACUCGUUCGCAAGUAUACAAAAGCUGAUAAUUCAUGCAAAAAAAAAAAGGUUAGACUAAUUUUUUCUUAAUAAAGUCUCACUCAUAAAAUGGAAAUUCAAUAUCGUGAAAGAAGCCAAUAAUAUUUAUAUUUUAUUUUUUUGUGAGGUAGUGAAGCCUUUUCUUGAUUUUAUAGAGAACCACAAUCUCUGUUCAACAAAGAAAGUGCCCUUUUUAAAUGAAAAAAAAAUUUGAAAGCUUGUCGCCUAUCAAUAGAUAAACCUUCGCACCAAAUAAACUAAAGAGAAAAAGAUGUUCAAAAUUUUGGGUUCCGUACCAAAAUCUACUCGAUUUCUCCCCUACAUUAUAUACUACAUUGCAACUUUUCCUUUCUCGUUGCUUUUCUGUUUGUCUUUCUUUCACGAAAAGAUGAGAACUUAGUUUAUAAUGUUCGCAGCUUUAGUUAUUUCAAUUAUAAGAUGAUGAUUUCAUUGUAAGAGGCAAAACAUUAUAAUAAAAACGAUGGGCUAAAAAUUUCCCAUGCAAGAUCAUUCGUCGUACGUUAUCCGGUAAACGUGCUAUGCAUGCAUGGACGUGUUCUUCAACUUUUAAAUACUUUUUUCUGUUUAUUGGGCAUUACAAGCCAAAUACGUUCUUACUAUUUUAUUGCUUCGUUUUGACUAGAUCGAGGAAAGUUAUUCUGUAAUACGUACUUCGAUAACUGAUUACAUAAUACUAUAAUAGUAUAAUACUGUAUUUACUUUUAACAUGAAAUUAGUUUAGUAUGUCUUAUGAUUAGUUUAGAAUUCUGCAGAAUAUUCUUUAGUCAAAUCAGUUGGUAUAAAUUAAUAAAUAAUAAAUUAGCAUCAUUUUCUGUAAAAAAAUAGAGCUAGUAUUUUACUGCGAUUUCUUUCGUUUUACCAUUUGUAAACAUGUUCAGUGAAUAAAAAUGAAAAAUAGAAUUUCUAGAGUUUUUUUUUUUUUUGGUAAAAUAGAAUUUCUAGAGUUCAAAGACAAUAUGAGGUUUUCCAAUUAAAGAUAGAAAGUUAAGAGAAUAAAUUUAGAUCAAUACAAAAAAUAAUAUCAGUGGGAUUUGUAACAACCACUAUAAUUUCAACGGGUACAACCUAACUAUUAUCUAUUUUUGAAUUUGAAAUGUAUGUAUGGUGCACGUUUGUUUUCUAAGUUUCUUAAUAUGAAUGCCGUGUACAAAAAUGUAUGUACGGUAACUCUGCAAAUUGGAUUAUGUUAGGUGGUAAUAUAAAAUUAUAAUACAACGGGGUACCGACCGGAGACUAAAAUUCAUAUAACGGUUUACUGAAAUGUAUCUUUAUUAAUUUACUAGUUGAUAAAAUUUUUUUUUUGAUGAAAUUAACGAAACUGAAGCAAUAAAUUUCAGCCCGAGUAAGACUUAGUGAGCUGGGUUUAUGGUAUACGUUUAGUUUGACACGUGAAUAGAGAUGCUUUGCAUGUGAAUGAUUUGCUUUGUAGCGAAUAAAUUUAAUAACCAAAAGAAUAUCUCUGGUUCGCGAUAAAUAAAAGAAAGAUACAACUUUUUGGUUAUCAAAAUGAUAAAGUUUUAGUGUCCAAGAAUGAAAAUUGCAAAAAGAAAAAGUGGAAUGCAAAUUUUAUAGUAAAAAGAGCAGAGUCUAACAACGAUGAGAAGACAAUUAUCAUAAAGAUGCUUUCGUCAUUUUGUCCUAGGACUUGCCGUUACCAGUGUGUAUAUGUAGGAAAACUAAAUUAAUUUGUAUAUUCAUGUGAUCAUGUUUUUUUUUUAAAUGACUCGUCUUGAAGUAAACUAAUAUGACGUUAAUAUUCUUACGCAUGUCGGUAUGGUUAAAUGAUUGUUCGCUCCAGUAAUAAUCUUACUCAUGUCGAUAUAUAUAUAUAUAUAUAUAUAUAUAUAUAUAUAUAUAUAUAUAUAUUCGUGUGUAUAUAGUUAUGAGUUAUGACUGAUUUUUUGGUUUUUGUUAGAUUUACUGUUUUCUUUAUUGAGUAAUUAAAGAACAAUUUUGAAUUAGUAUGGACUCAUGUGAUAAAAAAAUAAUCAAAUACAACUUUUUUUGUACUUCAAAUGUAUGAACUCACAAAAUUCAAUCUACCAAAAACAUACAAAACGAAAUAGUAUUUGUGUAAUUAAAAUAUGUAAUGGUCCACUUGAAAGCGAUGUCAUAUAGUGUUCAAUUACAGCUAUUUUUAUGGAGGACCAAAGGACCAUUCCACAUUCAAUUUCGAUUCACAUUCUUUUCAGUUUUCAUAUCUCUAUCUCUCUACAGCGACAUCACAAUGAUGUGAUGUGAUAUGCUCGACGUGGUAUAUAUACAUUACAUGGACAAAAACAAACAGACGCAUAUCAAGUUUUAUUGCAGAGUUCUAAAAAAUUUCACUUAUCUUUUACCCAUAUCGUAAUCCAACAAAAUUAACAGACCACUAUAUAUGUCUUGGUUUGAUAGUAGUAUCUGAUUAAAAGCGGAUAUUUGUUAUGUUACAAAGUGAAAUAUACAAAUUUACUGAAAGUAAAUGAGAAUCUUGCAUGGGAAAAUAUUGGUUUUUUUUUUCUUUCACAAAACAGUCCAAACUUGGAUUCGCCAUCUACUUGCACUAUUGUUGCCACAUUGGACUUUGGAUUUAAGGGAUUUAACAAACAUCCAAUGUCCAAUGACUCGGUCCCUACCUCUCAAAUUCAAUUUCUAUUUAUAAACGAUACAAAUAAAAAAGUUAUACAAAGAAUUUAGAAAAAGAAUAUAUUUGAGGUGUGGAUAUCCAUCCUUGACAUUGUAUAUACAAAGAGACAAGUGAACGAAUUAGAUGACGUUUUGUUUAUUCUGUAUGCAAUCCAUAUUACAUCUGAAACCAAAGUGAAAGUAGGUAGAUCCACACAGCCGGCCAUAAAAAUUUUAAAACCAUUAAAUACUCAGAUAAAUUAUACUUCAUCCGUUCCUAAAAAAUCCAUAUUGUAAAGAAAAUUUUUGUUUCAAAGAGAUACAUAUUUUAUAUUUCCAAUAGAAUUUUUGUCAACUAAUAAUGAAAAAUUGUGAAGUUUAAGAACAUUAAUUGCAUUUUUAAAAAAUUUAUUGGUUUACAAAUAUAAGAAAUAUAAAAUUACAAAAAAUUAUGCAUUUAUAGCUAAAUUUUAAUAUGUUUUACAAAAAAGUAUGAAAAUUCUAAAACAUGGAUCUUUUAGGAACAGAUGGAGUAAUAGCAUUUUCUGUAACUGUAAGUUAUAAAACUUAUGUAGACUAUCACUAUAAAUUUAAAAGUUAAGUAAAUGUUUUAUUAAGCCUUGUCCAGGAUUAACCCUAACUUGAGAUAUACCACACUGUCUCAUGUCUUACCAAGUUGAUCUCAUAGACAAGGAAAAUAAAUGAUCAAUCUACAAUGAAAUCUUUCAAUUUUGUUUUUGCAUAUAGGAAAUCUACUGAUGAGGAAAAUGCCAUGUGACUGAUCAUAUGUUUUAAUCUUUAUCUAUUAAGUUGACACAAAUACUGGACCCGUCUGCUAUGAGGUUUUUAAUAUACAAAAGAACUAUGUAUAGCAGAAAAUCUCCAAAGUGAAGAAAAAUGCAAAUUGAAUCUAUUUUAUUUUCCGGAAAUUAGAUAAUUAGUACUAUUUUCAAUUCAAACACUCUAUUUUUCUCCCAGAAAAUCAGUUAUACCUUUAGUAGUAUGUUUUCAGGUAGUAGCAGUAUAAAAAUCAACCUUUUACUGGUAACUUUAUUUGAAACACAAGUUCGUGGGUAUACAACUAUAUAAUGGUUUUUGGGCGAAAAAAACGAACCGAACCAAAUCGAACCAACUCAACCGAACCCAAACCAUGUCAAACCAUUUGGUUGGUUUGGUUCGGUUUUAAACCAAACCGAAAAGAAAAAUUAAAAAGUGUUUACUUAGUUAGAUCAACAAAAUAUACUAAUAAUAUCAAAAUUUAAGAUAUUCAACCAUUUAACCUAAACAAUUAAACAUAAUUUUAUAAUUUCUUUUUAAUUGAAUAGAGGAGACACAACUAAUAAUAAACUAAAAUAAUAUAAAUUUUAUACACUAUCAUAAAUUUUUUUUAUGAUAUUUAUAUUAGAUUCAAAGAUAACAACAUAAAAUUAUUAGAUUAAAUCUUCUAUAUUUUUACUGUGAUAUUUGAUUUUACGUUUAAAUAUGAAGAAAUUACUAACAAAAUUACUAUUUAAUGUCAAUGAUGAUUUGUUUUAUGUUAUAUAAAAUAUAUUUUUGUAACCGAAGCAAAACAAAAGUAAAAACUAACUCGGUUUAGCUAAACAAACACUAACAAAACCAAACUAAACCGAAUUCAACUUAAACCAAACCAAACACAAACCGAAUCAAACCAAACACAAACCAAACUAAACUAUUCGGUUUACUUUGGUUAGAGUUUUCUUAGACCCAACCAAACCGAAUCAAAUCCCGAUUUAAACCGAAAUGCCCAGCCAUUUUGUAACGGAAAAAUAAAAAUUGGAAUAUAAAUUUGCUAAUGCGGGCCUUCGAUACUGAUGAGCCCACUUUAGCUGGAUAGGCAUUUGGUUUGUGAGUGUGUGUUUAAAGUACCAAACGUCUGUUGGUUUCUCCCAAGUGUUUAAAAGGAGUUGUUGUGUUUCUAACAGGUCAGUCAAGAUACUACUAUUUUGCUUGCCACGAAUUGUAAGAGGUUACAUUAUUUGGACUUCUCGUCGUGUCUAAAACUCACAGAAGAAGAUCUAAGACGGAUCUUGAAUUUCUACUCGUUACGUAGAUCGCUUAAGCUAUUUAGAUGUACACAGGUAUGACAUAGUAAAGAAGCAGUUGACCAAAAAAAAAGAAGCAAAGAAGCCUGUAUUAAAACUCACACUUAUGCUUCUUUUUUUAUGUUGAAGUCAACCUUCAGAUGAUCAAAUGAUGAGUAGACAAGUUUUGGCUAUGUAUGUCAUUGAAGUUAUGAACCAUGUUUUAUUGUUACACCAAAUCAUCUCCAGAAUUCGUAAUAGAUUAACAGAUACUACUUUAUUAGAAAAAGAUGGUACUAAAAGGAAGAAAAAAGGAGAAAAAUGGCAUAUGAUUCUAUGGAAUAUUUUUUUAUCAAUGUGUGGCCAUUAGACACAAAAAGAUUCCUCUGAACAAGUGGAAAAUCUCUCCUCUCCUCUCCUCCUGUGUAAAUUGUUAACCGCUUUCGGACACUAUCCUGCAACUUAUGUAGAGAUUCUCCCCCAAGAAACAAACCGUUUCCCUUCAAAAAGAUAAAGACCAAGAAGUUACCAGUUUGUAUCUUGAUUGUUCUACUAGUUUUCUUUUUCUGCAUGGAAACAGGAUCAUCAUCCAGGUUUACUUCGUCCAGGAAGUUUCUGGCUAUAAGCUUGUCGGUACUGGCCGUGCUCUCGCCUCUCUACAUCGACAGCUUAUCAGAGGAAGAUGAAGAACCGGAAGAAGAACUCUUUGGUUUCAUGUUUUCGCUACCCGUGCUCCUUCUAUUCUUGGUUUUGGCCAUUGCCCUGUCCCUGUAUUGUGAUCAGAGCUUGACCAGGUUUGAUCCUAACUGGAUUCACAGGCUCUGUGGUUCGUUUGGUGGGUUGCUUGUCAUUCUCAUCCUUCUUGUUUUCGUCUUGAAAUGCAAAUCCUCUGCUUAGACCCUUUACUGGAAGUUGUUAAUGAAGAAAACAAAGCUUAUCAUUUUCCCUGAAAUUUUGCAAAAUCUUACAAAGAACAUAACUCUUUUUCUUUAAUGUUUUUAGUAACAACUCUUUUUAUUCAUUUUAUAAAGAAAAUUUACACACAAAAUAAAACUCAGAAUCCAGAGAUGCAGAUGAAUAAAAUUACUCGAAAAGUAUAUGUCACAUGUUGAAGCGAAGAAAAGAGGAGUUGUUUUUUUAAUAAGGU